AUGACAGCCACGCGCGUGGUCAUUCUCGGCGGCGGUGUUAUCGGUUUUGCUUCGGCACGGCAAAUCGCACGGAGAUUCGCCUUGCGCAGCAAAACCAAGUUGGACUUGUUCCUGCUCGAGAAAAACCCGUCUUUCGGCCAGGAUAUCGAACGCAAAUAUGUCUGGGUCUGCAUGAGUGCAACUUGUGAUGCCGCCUUUGGAUUCUACACAAACUCUGCAUUGCAUGACCAGGAAGAUGCCUCCCAGUUUUUGCUACGCUGGGAGGGCGCAUUUCUCAUGCGGUAGACGUAUCAUAGCGCCCUCACAAAAUCUGUGAUGCUGGGGUGUGCAUCACAGACAUCAUGGGCCACGCAAAAUGUGCAUGACAAACGUUGCAUGUUUCCAGAGCCAGACACAGUUGCAAUGGAUACAGGAAACGACCUCCCGGAAUUCCGGGGUGUUGCACGCGGGGAUCUAUUACCAACAAGAUUUACGCAUGUGUCAGAGUUGAAAUCGACAAAGUUGAAUAUAAUUUGUCAUGCAUAAAAUGGAUGCCAGUUUCCAAGUGGCGCAUGACAAAUUUCGCUGGUCCCUACAUCCAGUUUGUCAUGCUGUUAAGCAAAGAGGAGUGAUUUUCUCAUGCUACUUCAGCAGCUCGGACUGUAACCCCAAACAGGCUUACAAUCGGCCUCACUUGCCUGCUCUGCAACACACGUACCUCGGGCCAUGCAUUUUAUGCAUUACAAAUUAUUUCAACUUUGACGAUUUCAAACCUGACGCUUCCAUAAGAUUCCUUCAAACACAAACUCUGCGUUGCUGGGCAUAGCCAACUUUUGAAGUUCUGCGACCAGUACCAAGUCGACUACGAUCUCUGCGUAUCAAAUGCAAAAAUGUCUGGGUCUGGAAGAGUGCAAGAUUUGUCAUGCAGAUUUCUCGCGAUCCAUGAUGCCUGUAAUGCAUGGCCAAGCAUCACAGACUUUUAAAGGGCUUACCGAUGCACCUUCCGCAUGAGAAAUGCCCUGUCCAUGUAGGACAAACCGGACCCGUCUUGCUGGUCGUGCAAUACAAAUUUUUUUAGAGUCCAAAAACAGCAUGACAAGUUGCAUUCAUCCAGACCCAGACAUUUUUACAAUUCAUACUGCGGAAAAUUGAUCGUGCAAGACCGAUGUGGUUCAUCACCAGAAGAAAACAAAACCGCGAAAGAAGAAUUGUUGAAGUUGUAUCACCAAGGGAAAGAAUUGAAUAACGUCCCGAAACUAGAAUUGAUCACAGACGAUUCCGCAAGAUUGCAGCGCAUGACGAACCAAUUAUUGAACCCGGAGAUCAAAAAUGCGAUCUACAGCCCGGCGACCGGAAUAUUGGAUGUGCACGGGUAUUUGCUAGCCUUGCAAGCGGCAUUGGAGGAAGAGGAAAGUGAUUUUGUGAACGCGAGUGUCGUGUACAAUUGCGGACUGGAGCAGCUGGAGGUGAAAAGUGAAAAUAAAGCUGGCAAUAGCAAUACAAGCACUAAAAUGCAGAUCGAAACCACCCAAGGUGUCAUCGAGGACGUGGACGUUUUUGUCAACUGCAGCGGGCUAUGCAUUGCAAAUAAGUCUGGCUCUGGACACUUGUGUCCCUGUUUGGCGAAUCAUGUGGACGCCUUCAUUGACAGCCAAGCUUGACAAGUUUUGGAGUUGCUAGAGUGUUGCCUAUCUGCAUGACAAACUGCGUUUCUGCAUGACAGACAAGUGCGCCUUUUGUGUGGCGCGCAUGACAAACUUGAGAGCCAUGCUAGCUGUGCAUGACAAACCCUGCAUUCUUCCAGACCCAGACACUUUUGCAAUCGAUACAGCUUGUUUUCGGUGGAAAUCGCGAAACACUGCUUGAGAGGAGUUCCUUCUCCGGUAGAAGAACUACUCCCGGACGCGGUGUACGCGAAGGGCAAUAUGACAGUGCACAACUCCCCUUCCCCCUCAUGUGUCCUGCAAAAUCCCAAAUCCACCGGACCCUUUUCUCUUUGGCACUUUUUGCAUGACAGGUUCCGGAAGCCGAAACAGCACUAGAAUCGGUUUCCAAUUUGUCAUGCAAAAGCUGCAUUCAUGCCAGCACUUGUGUUGCUGCUUAUGCCCUUCAAAUGAGGGGGAGCGAGGAGGAGCUGUGCAGUUUUAUAGGCAACUACUGGAAGUUGGAAAAUAGCGCAAGCAGCAGCACUACUUCUACCAGUAGUACGGCAAAAGCAAAGAAGCCUGGUGACGUAAACCACUUGAUCUACCCGUUGCCAGAAGUGGGCGGUCUCGGGACGCACCUGACGUUGGAUUUGGACAAAAACGUCAAGUUCGGCCCGAACGUCGAGUGGAUAGAAAUUGAAGAGAUAGAGACCGACGCCGGUGGUAAGAGUUCCUCCAGUCAUCUAUCAAGGAAAUUGUCCAACCUCGAGAAGCAGUUCGAAACGCACUACAAACAAGUCCAGCCCGCGUCGGAUAUCGUGUACGAAAACAUCCGGCGAUACUACCCGGAUUUACCCGACCAUUCGCUGACGCCGGACUACGUGGGGAUACGACCGAAGAUAAAGUUGAAGAGCGAUCCUGCCAGUGGCGGUGAGACAAGCAAGAUACACAACGAUUUUCACUUUCUGACGGAUGGGACCAAAAAUUCACAGAUACACUGUCUUGGGAUAGAAUCCCCGGGUUUGACAAGUUCGUUAGCGAUCGGAGCGCAUGUCGCGGAUCUGGUUGUGGGGAAAGCUUUUUCCUGAUUUGAAGAAUUGCGUCCGUCGUGCGGCAGAAAGACGGAAAAUUCACAU